AAAAGCUCCACAAAAACGCCUCAGCCGCGAAACGGAAUAUACAAAAAAAUAAAUUCAAGUGUCUAUCGGUGACUAAUUGACGAAUAAUCAACAAAGUUCUGUCUUCUCUCUUCUGUUCUCCUGUCACGUAGAUGUCCGUUGUGCCUCUAAUGUUCCGCGAUUGGUGGGAUGAGAUUGACUUUCCAAUGCGCACGUCGCGCCUCUUGGAUCAGCACUUUGGCCAAGGGCUGAAGCGCGACGAUCUGCUGUCGUCCGUUUGGAACUCGCGGCCAACAGUGCUGCGCUCCGGCUAUCUGCGUCCCUGGCAGCGUUCGGCCAACAGUCUGCAGAAACAGGAGUCCGGCUCCACGCUGAACAUUGAUAGCGAAAAGUUCGAGGUCAUUCUGGACGUGCAACAGUUCUCGCCCAAUGAGAUCACCGUCAAAGUUGCCGACAAGUUCGUCAUAGUCGAGGGCAAGCACGAGGAGAAGCAGGACGAGCACGGAUUCGUCUCGCGCCAGUUCUCCAGACGCUAUCAACUGCCAAGUGAUGUCAAUCCGGACACAGUCACCUCUUCGCUGUCCUCGGAUGGUCUGCUGACCAUAACGGCGCCCAUGAAGAAACUGCCGCCGCCUCAAACUGAGCGCCUGAUCCAGAUCACACAAACCGGGCCCUCAUCCAAGGAGGACAAUGCCAAGAAGGUCGAGACCACAACCACCUAAGUGCCAUGGACUGCAAAAGUUCUCGGAGCGUUACGAGCAACUAAGUUUUUUUUUACAAUUAUGAGAAUUAGAUUAUAGAUUAUAUGAUUAAAAUAUUGGAAACCUUGUAUUAAAUAUAUAUUAAAAAGGAAUUGAAUGUUGAGAAUUAAAGAUAUUUUAGGGAUAAAGUAAUAUUAAUUGGAUUAAAAAUAAACCAAAGCAGAUUCUUCGACUAUA